AUGGGUGAUUCCACUCUUGAUGAUAUUCGUGCAAAACGCAUGGCUGAAUUACAAAAACAAUAUGGAGGAAAUCCAUCAGGGAUGGAAGGAACUGGAGAAAAAAAUGGAGAAGAACAACGGCAAAAGCAAGAAGAAAUGCGUAAUACAAUGUUAAGUUCAUUGUUAACCCAAGAAGCGAGAGCAAGGUUAAACACAAUAGCUGUUGCCAAGCCAGAUAAAGCACGUAUGGUAGAAGAUAUUCUACUGCAGAAUGCACGAAGAGGCGCAUUUGGAGGCAAACUCAAUUUUCGUAUAAAAUCGAAGAAUGAAAAUUUGGACAUCAAGCCACGUUUUCGAGUUGAGCAUGACUGGUCUACAGUUGUGAAAGCCGCACUGCAAAAAUAUCCAAAUCCUGUGAAUCCAGGUAUUUUGGGGUGUGACGUUGUAGAUCGCAGAAUAGAAAAUGGUCAGAUCAUCUCUCAUCGUGUUUUACUUUGUAAUUGGUCAAUUGCACCAUCACUUGCAAAAUUAAUCAACAUGGAUGGUGCCGGUUAUGGAUCCGAACAUUCAAUUAUUGAUGCUAACAAACGUUUAAUGACAUUAAGAACGAGAAAUUUAACAUUAAAUCGUUAUUUAAGUAUAGAAGAACAUCUUCAGUAUACACCUCAUCCAAAAGACAAGUCAAAAACUCUAUUAAAACAAGAAGCCACAAUUACGGUGCAAAAUGUACCCUUAACUAAUUAUAUGGAAGCACUAAUAGAAAAAACAAUAAAUUCAAAUGCCAAUAAGGGCCGUCAAGCGAUUGAAUGGGUUAUUAAAAAAAUGCGCAGCGAAUUACCAACAACGUCUUUAACUUCUCCUGAACAAUUAGCUUAA